GGGCCCCGCCCAGGUAUGUGCCUCUCCCACCUCUUCCCCUGCAGCUCGAAGCUUGCCAGCCAGGAGACAGACCAAGAAAGACUGUGCCAAAGGGCUGGGGGCCGGACCUGCUGGGCCGGGCCACCCCUCCCACACCCACUCCAGCACCUGGGGCCGACCUAUCGGCUGGCGUCUCCGCCUCCUUCGCUUCUGGGCCUUGCAGCUCGUCCCAGCCCACCCGGGCCAGUGCUCGGCCGCCCGCCGGACAGCGCCGAGCUCCCAGCCCGGCCCCGGAGGAGGCCCGGAGCUAUGGGCCGGGGUGCCCAGACCCGCCCUCCGCCCGCAGACGUGCUGGUGCUGGCCGGAUACCGCGCGCAGAAGGAGGGCGAGCUGAGCGUGGCGCCCGGGGACGUGGUGCGGCAGGUGUGCGAGGGGCCCGCCCCGGGCUGGCUGCGCGGACAGCUGGGGGGGUCGCUGGGGUCUCUUCCCCGAGCGCUCGGUGCAGGGGAGGCCGGGCCCCCAGGUCGCGGGGGGGAGGGUGUCUGCGCGCCCCCAGGAGCUGAGAGCCGGCCCGCCCGGGUCGCCGCCGCCUGCGCUCAUUCGCAGGAGAUCCCGGAGUCUCUGCGCGGCGCGGGAGAGGCGCCGAGCCCGCGCUGUGCGCGCCGCCGAGGUCGCCCCACCAAGCCUCGGGGCCCCCAACGAUGGUGCAAGGUGAGCUUCAGCUACAGCCCGGAGCAGGCGGACGAGCUGCAGCUGCAAGCUGGGGAGAUUGUGGAAGUGAUAAAGGAGAUUGAGGACGGCUGGUGGCUGGGGAAGAAGAACGGGCAGCUGGGAGCCUUCCCAUCCAACUUUGUGGAGUUGCUGGACAGUGGGCCCCCAAGCCUCGGGAGCCCGGACAUGCCUGCAGUCAGCCCUGGACCCCAGCGGCCGCCCAAGCUGAGCAGUCUGACCUAUGACAGCCCUCCAGACUACCUGCAGACAGUCUCCCGCCCUGAGAUCUACAGGGUCCUGUUUGACUACCAGCCUGAGGCCCCGGAUGAGUUGGCGCUGCGGAGGGGGGACGAGGUGAAAGUCCUGAGGAAGACCACAGAGGACAAGGGCUGGUGGGAAGGAGAGUCUCACGGCCGAAGAGGCGUCUUCCCAGACAAUUUUGUGCUCCCCCCACCCCCAAUCAAGAAGCUGACCCCACGGAAAGUGGCGUCUCGGGAAUCAGCUCCCCAGUGGUGCAGGACCAUAGGUCCCUCAGCGGGCACCUCUGCGAGCAUUAAGGACACGGUAGUCCCCUCUGCAAGGACAGGGCCAGCAACUGUUAGACGGAUGGAUGCCACACUCCCUUCUCCCCUCCCAGCUAAGGAACCAAAAAAGAUGAUGGCCAAAUCAGCCCUCCCUACAGUCAGGAAGCUGGUGACAGCCCCCAGUGGACCCAGUAAAGCCAAGCCCUCUUGGACACCCGGCGGAGACAGUCAGAAGCGCCCCUCUCGAGACCCGGGCUCCGGGGGCAGCUUCCUCAGCGGGGGUCUGGGCCACCCUGGUAGAAAAGGAUCGAAACCCCAUGCUCCUCGGCAGCGCUCUGCAGCUAGUCAGGAGGAAGAGCAGAACAGCGUAGCAAAGGCCUCUCCUGUGAAUAAAACCCCCACUCCAGACAAGACCCCCAGCCCAGAGAAGACUCUAUCUCCGGAUAAGGCCUCCACUCCAGAGGAAGCCCUGACUCCGGAGAAGGCCCCCAUCUCAGAGGGAUCCCUGACUCUAGAGUUCAAGGCCCCAGUCCCAGAGAACCCCACCCCAGAGGAGGGCCUGACCCUGGGCAAGGCCCCCAGCCCAGACAGUGUCAUUUCUGGGGAGGAGGCCCCUGUCCCUGAAGUCCCACCGGAGGAUGAAGUCCCUGGCCCAAAGACGGUCCCUCCUGGGGAUGAGGCACCCACCCUAGGGAAGGUCUUGACCCCUGAGCAGGUGCUCUCUCAAGAGGCCUCCACCAGAGACAUCACUCAGCUCCAUCUCUUCUCUCCGGAGCAAGCCCUGCCACCGCCGUUCAAGUCUCUUGUGGCCAAUGAAGCUCAGUCCCAAGAGGUCCACAUGCCAGAGGAGCCCCAUCUCCAUCAGAGGGGCAGCUCCCCAUUCCAGUCUGAGUCUGAGUGCGAGUCAGGGUCCCUGCCUGCCCUUGCGAAGGCGACAACCCCCCUGGAGGAGGCACCUGGGGAGCAUGAGGGGACCCGGGAAGAGGCAGUACUCCCCAAAGAGGAGGUGUCCCCCAAAGAGGCAGCCCCUGCUCAAAAGAAUCCUCAAGCUGUCAAGGCGACUCCAGACCCCCAGGAGGCUCCCGCCCUACUUUCCUUGUCUCCGCAAAAUCUCACGGACAGCAAAAGUGACAGAGGCGACAUAACGAGGCUCCAGGACGAGGUGGAGUCUUUGAGGAGGUCGCUGGAGCGGAUGGGGGUGCAGCUGGAGAGGAAGCUCGCCGACCUCUGGGAGGAGCUGAAGAGCGAGAAGGAGAAGCGCCUGUCGCUGGAGGUGCAGAUGCAGCGGGGGACUCAGGAGUCCGGGACGCGGGGCUCCAUCCACGCGCAGACGCAGACGCACUGAGGGGGGGCCCGGGAGGGACUGCGGCGGGGCCUGGGGGCGAGUCGGGCUGCGGCCACCCACGUCCUCGCACACGACUCCGAGAAACGCAAGAAAGUAAACUGCGGUGUACGCGCC